CUUAUAUAUAAGAAGGAUGAUUCAUCAAUUCAGAAAUAGUAUUUUUUAAACAUUUACAGAUAGACACGGACUUUAAAGUGCUUAAAUUAUUAUAAAAUAAAAUUAAGAAGAAAUGAGGAAUUAUAAUAAUAAUAAUCCGAAUAGUAGUAAUAAUAAGGAUAAUAAGCAUAACGAGCAGAAAUCUAGUGAACCAAUAAUGAAAAGACCAUUAACACUUGAUUUAAAUAGAAAAAUUAAUUCUAAUGCGCUCCUCUUGUCAACUCCCGAUGUCGAGAAAAUGAUCAUAAAAAGUCCCGAGCUUGAGAAUUUCAUUUUGAAUACAGAAACUCUACAGACACCAUCAUCAAUGCAAACUCCGUCAAAUUCUCAAGUUGUCUUUCAGCCUUCAAAAAUUACAACGGAGCAAGAGGACUACGCGAAAGGAUUUGAAGACGCUUUAAAUAAAAUAAAAACUCGCGAGACAGGAAAUCAAGUAAAACCCGUAGUUCAAAACGCGCCAAGCAUGAGCGGUGGUGGAAUUAAUUACUCAGAAUCAGAUAAUUCAAAUAUGCUCCUUCAACAGAUUAAAGAGGAGCCCGAGCCUGCAAGUCCUGCACAACAGCAUCUUAAUCCAAUUGACAUGGAAUCACAAGAGAAGAUAAAGCUUGAGCGAAAAAGACAAAGAAAUCGCGUAGCAGCAUCAAAAUGCAGAAAACGAAAACUAGAAAGAAUAUCCAAAUUGGAGGAUCGUGUUAAAAUCUUAAAAGUUGAGAACGGCGAACUCGGUUCAGUGUUAUUAAAUUUAAAACAGCAUGUAUUUGACCUCAAGAAACAAGUAAUUGAUCAUCAUGAUAGUGGAUGUCACAUUUCGAUUACAAAUUGAAAAAAAGCUUCAGUCUUAAAAACUGUUUGUUGCCAUAAUUUUUUUUUCCCGAUGACUCAUAGAGCGAUGACGUCAUAAAACUUGUUUUUACACUCAUCUGUGCGAAUGAAAUAUUUUUACAAAAAAUAUUUUCAUUAGAAAAUGAAUCAAGGUAAAAAGAUAAAACAAAACAAAAGAACGGAAAAAUAGAAAGCAAUUUUGGAUGUGUA